AUGAUUCAUUGGUCCAAUAUUUUGGCAAUCAUACGCAAAGUCAUCAAUACAUACACUCAAAAGAAUCCCCGUGCAGCACGAAUCAUGAAUAUUAUAUGGUAUGCCGUAAUCAUUAUUGGGCUAUUGCCUCUCUUGUUAGUAAUUUUCAAACGAAAAGAUCCCUCCUCCGAAGAUGCUCAACGAAAUACAUCUUCGGGACAAUCCACGCAACAACAAAAUCGGUCUUCAUCAGGUAAAUCAUCGGGAUUAUUUGGAAAAGUUUGCCUCAAUGCAAAGGCUUUCUUGUUAGAUCAUGAAUUGUAUGAAAAUCGCUCGACCAAUCAACAACAAGAGAGUAUCAUGGAAAUUGCUUCUUCCACAACCGAAACGGAUGAUGCCAAUGAUGAACGUAUGAAACAUCUUAAAAAAUUGGCCAACGAUUGUGAUGUGUAUAUUAUUGUACAAGUUGCAUCGGAUGAGGAACAAAAUUACUAUCAAGAUUUAUUGGAGAAAAAGUAUGGAUUUUUCAACUCGGUGAAAAUUCUAUUUUGUGAAACAGUGAAAGGAAAAAUUGCAUUCUGUCGUCAAAUUAAUCCACAACUUUGCAUUGAUGUUGACAAGGAAACCACACGGGAAUUGAAGCGAUUUUAUGAAGGAGUUUGCAUGAUACAAAAGAAUGCUAAAAACUCCAAGAAUGAACACGACAUUUUGGAAUAUUCAAACUUUUUGGACCUGAUGAGUCAUUUAACAAAGGCUUAA